ACUUUACCUUUCUCUUCGCCUUUUGUGUGCUGUUAAAGCAGCGUGGAAACCGCGUCCCUCACCGCCUCUAAAGAAUCCGUUUCUUGAGCUUAUUGGUUUUCGGAGGAAACUUGGUUUCAGGUCUUUUUGGUUGUGAAAUUGACUCAACAGAGAAAUACAGAGAGAGAUUCAGAGAAGAUGAGUUACUACAAUCAGCAGCAGGCUCCAGUUGGUGUUCCUCCUCCACAAGGGUAUCCUCCAAAGGAUGCUUACCCUCCAGCAGGGUACCCUUCACAGGGUUACCCUGAGCAGGGGUACCCUCCUCCACAGGGUUACCCACAACAAGGGUACCCACAGCAAGGCUAUGCUCCCCAGUAUGCUCAGCAGCCCCCUCAUAGGCAAGAAAGUGCCGGUUGCCUUGAAGGAUGGUAAG